UGUCAAUACGUAUUGCUCAUUGUUAUUUUCUCAUUCAGUAUGAGUGGAUUUCAGUUCAGUGAAGAAGUUGGGAAAUCCGUCAUAGAAGAAAAUAGUAAAUCACUGAAAUCUAUAUUCUAUGUUGUAUUAAACUAUUUCUGUUCUAAUGUGAUGAACGUGGUGAAAGCUGUCGGUACUUGUGCAACACUUGUGGGAGUAUAUGCAUUUUGGAAAAACUGGGGUGUUAAAUCAAAUAAUCAUCCCAUUAGAUCCACAGAAUCUGAAGAUGUACGACGUCUUAAAGCGCAGGCAGCCCAAAUUCGGCAUAGAAUGGAAGAAACUAGACAACAGGAUCUAUUGGAAGAUCAAAUGAUAAAUACACAAUUUGAGGAGAUAAUGAGAAAUAAUAAAGCGAAUCAUGAAAAGCAACUCCUAAAAAUGCGGUCCAGUUUUAAAGAAGAUGAAAUGACAUUUUUGAAGAAACAACAAGCUGCUAAUGAAAGAAUAGAACAACUUGUUGCUCAGAGAGAAUCGGAGCAGAAGGUUAAAGAUCAGAUGGCUCACUUCGAAAAUAUGCGUUUGAAACAAGAAACAAAACGAUCACUAGAAAAAAUGGAUGAGGAUCUUGAAAGAUCACGCGAACUUCAUCGUAUCAAAAUUGCAAAAAUUAAUAACCAAUUUAUGCAAAACAAAAAAGACUUUGCUGAACAGGAUGCCAAUAGAAAACUUGAAAUUCUAGCGCAAGAAGAAAGGGCUCAGGAGAGACUUCGUGAAAUUGAAGAUCAGUUGGCAAGAGACUUGGAAGAAUUGAGAAGAUGUGAUCAACAGAGACGACAGGAAAUGAAUGAACAAAUGGAAAAUAUUCGAAGACUAUUACAAAUGAAAAUUUGGAAUGACGUCAUUGAAUCUAAUUGGACAAAACGGUUAAACUCGUUGAGGUCUUCGAAUAAGGACGUUGAAAGGGCUUACAAUCAAAUCAGAAGAAGUUCGAAAAACUAUCAUGAAACUCACGCAAAGCAUCUACUGUUAGCAGUUGUUAAUCAGAAAAGUAUUAUGGACAAUGAAAAAUACGAAAUGGAGAAGUUGCAUGCUGAACACGAAAAGCCAUUUUUACUAGAAAUCAAGGGGGCAGUUGAAGAAGUUAGUGCUGAAUGUGAUCGAUUGAGUUAUGUUCUGCAGAAUGAACCGGGCAACGCAAAAAGAAUUGAAGACUGCUAUUCAGUUCUUUUGCAAGCAACCAAUGCGAUUCCAACAAUGGCAGAAUUAAAGAAUGUGCAAUAAAUUAUUCAAGGACUUAACUUUUUUUUGUGUUUUACACGUGUACAGAUCGAUUGUUCACUUACUUUUUCAAGUGGUUAAAAUCACAAUUCGUCCUUUUAAAAUUUUUUAUUUUGCUCAAUUCACGAUGAAAAUUGCACAU